GAUGCUUCUGUGGAAGGACACAAGAGUGAAGGGAAGCCAAGCACCUUUCUUCUGUAGAAAACCUUGCCAGCUGUUUCCGCCAUUUUAAAAUAAUUCUCCUGUUAUCCCAGAGCUGGUUUCCAAAGCUUCUUGAGACAGAGAAAUGCAGAGAGUUUUAGCAGCUGAAGACUUCUCCAAGCUGAAGAAAAAACAAGGCGACUAUCUCACAGCUCCAUUUGACCCACGUUUUCCAAACACCAACCAAACUCGUAAUUGUUACCAGAAUUAUUUGGAUUAUUACCGAUGUGUGAAGAUUAUGAACGCCAAAGGAAAGGACAUUGCAGUAUGUGAGUGGUACCGCAGGGUCUACAAGUCCCUAUGUCCCAUUUCUUGGGUAAAACGCUGGGAUGAGCAACGUGAACAGGGAACUUUUGCUGGCAAGAUAUGAAUCUCCAACUCCCCUUCAUCUAAAAUGGCAAUACCCUUGGAAAGUCCUCACAAUGGCUAUUCUUACAACCCCAUCUAGAUUGAUCAAUCAAGCUGUGAAUUGUAUCAGCAGAUUGAAUUAUUCAGAUAUUUUUGUGAACUUAUAAAAACCUACCAAUAAAAAUAAGAAGAAUUUGUACAGAAAA